UAUAUAAAGUGACAAACUUGCUUGGUUGCGCUGUAUUGGCGUUAAUACGGUAUCGCGUUUCGCUCGGGUAAUAUCGAAUCGAACGAUUUUUUAACUUUUUACCAUCGAUCACGCGCCGUCAUCCCGGAUCGAACAACCACCCCGGAUCCCAUCUUCUCCAAGGGCGAGGACGAAUCGUGCCACGCGACCGACCAACCGACCGACCGACCGACCGACCGACUCACCGUCACCGAUCGAUACUCCUCUUCUGCUUCCGCGUCAACCAAGCCAAGGAUGACUCGAUACACCACGUCAUUUACACGUUCCACCAACAUGAAACGAUUGCUCUUAUUAUCAAUCUGUUCUCUAAUGGGAUUUCUCCAGUUUGCCAACCCUCUACCUCGAAACGCGACCGAUUAUGAAGAUAUGUCCUAUUGGCUAAAAUCUGGUCAAGACAAUCUUCGAAGAAUCCUAACUCAUCGAAAUAACGAAAAUCGCGCGAAGAAUAUUAUUAUUUUCAUUGGUGACGGGAUGGGAAUUUCUACGAUCACGGCAGGUCGAAUCUACAAAGGCCAAAUCAAGGGUAAUACCGGUGAAGAAUAUAAAUUGGCGUUCGAAAUGUUUCCCAACGCUGGAUUCGCCAAGACUUACAACACGGACAAGCAAGUUCCCGAUUCGGCUGGAACAGCUACCGCGCUAUUUUCCGGUGUGAAAUGUCGUUACAAGGUUAUCGGAUUGGAUACGAGAUCUUCGUUCAAUCAAUGCGACAAGUACGUCAAUCAAGCGAGCAAACUUACAACCGUCGCGGAUUGGGCUCAACAAAGUGGCAUGGACACGGGAUUCGUAACCACGACUCGGGUCACCCAUGCAACUCCGGCAGGAUUGUACGCUCACACGAAUAAUCGCGACUGGGAAUGCGAUAGCUCGAUACCGAAACGAUACACAGAUUGCGUGAAAGAUAUAGGAAGACAAUUGAUGGAGGAUGAACCGGGAAACAAGUUCAAGGUAAUCAUGGGCGGUGGAGCGCAACUCUUAGGUUUACCGAUGGAACCGAUAGAUCCCGAUACGUGCGUCAGGAGCGAUGGGAAAAAUUUGGUCGAAUACUGGGAGGGAAAUAAUCCUGACGGGAAAGUGGUAACCAACACCGAACAACUUUUCUCCGUCGAUAUCGCCAACACGUCGAAAAUUCUUGGAAUUUUCGCUACCAAUCACCUUCCCUAUCACGCCGUCAAAACCGAAGAAACCCCGAGUUUGGCCAACAUGACCAAACAAGCUAUCAAAUUGCUCCGAAAAAAUAACAAUGGUUUCCUUUUAAUGGUCGAGAGCGGAAGAAUAGACAUGGCCCAUCAUCAUAAUUACGCAAAGUUAGCAUUGCGAGAAUUAUCGGAACUCGAGGAGGCGAUAUUGACCGCUCUUCAACUGGUCAAAUUGGAAGAAACAUUGGUGAUCGUAACUGCCGAUCAUUCCCACGCGUUCACCAUUAACGGUUAUCCGAAGAGAGGAAACGAUAUCCUCGGUUUCGCCAAUGAUCCAUCCAAACCGAACGUACCGGCUUACGAGACGCUCAGUUAUAUCAACGGUCCAGGCUUCUUUCACCAUCGACGAAACGAUAGCAACAACGUUAACGAAACGUGGAGGCCCGUCGAUCUGGAUCAGACACGCGAUGAUCCCUAUUACACUCAAAUGGCUGGUAUAUAUUUGGAGGACGAGACACACGGAGGCGAAGAUGUCGGAGUUUACGCGAUAGGUCCGUAUUCCCACUUGAUUCGCGGUACUUUUGAACAAAAUUAUAUCGCUCACGUAGUGGCGUAUGCGGCGUGCUUCAAAGACUGGCCUUCCCAUUGUGACAACGUUUACAAUCGUUACUUCUACCAACUGGCCAACUCGGUGAAUCGUAAUACCGAUUCAUCCAUUGUAUCUCUCUUGAUGUUGCUGCUUCUCUCAACGCUGGUCAAUCGCUAUUGAUUCUAUACAUCGAGGACUUACAUAGUAUAAUUAAUUCGCAUCUCCAAUACUAUUUUUCUUCUCAUUAAUCGUAUAAUUUCGCAUAACGUUUCCUUUCUCCUUCUUUCUCAUCCAAAUAAUAUCUCUUUGUUCCAAUCCCUCUUUCCCAUACUUAUUCAAUUAUAAUUUAUACCUAUCUACGUAUACGUAUUUGUACGUAUAAUGUUAAAUUACACGGUACAUACGCUCGAGUCUUUCUAUUUCGCUUUUCGUCUUUUUCUUCUUCUUUUUCUUCUAUUUUUUCGUCUAUCCCCUUUUGUUUCUUCGAUUUUAAAAACAGUACAAAAACAAGCACAAGCAAAGAGAUAUGCGAGUACAUUAAGUAAUUAAUCGUAUGUUAUGAUCUGAAACGCGAUGGACGAUACACCUUAACCCUUAAUUACAUAUGUACAUAAUUUUCACGAUAAUUUUCGAAUUAUAUUUUAAUGUUAGGUACAAUUUAUUAUACGUUAUAUUUCGAGUUUAUUAGUCGAAUAUAAUGAUAUUUUGCAUCGGUAUACGUACGUGCAUAAGCUGCGUAAGUAUCUAGAUAUAAUGCGUUUACAAGCGUUCCAUCAUUCGAGUCGGAACAUAUAUCCGAUUAAUGCAGUUUCGUCUGUGAUAUAGAUAUGUAUACGCAAACUAGCUCGUAAUAACUGUAUAAUCCCUAUAAUUGUAAUUUAAUAUUCGCUCUUGCGAUUUGUAUGUAUCUUAUCCAAACAACAACUGGAUUAUAUGUAUUCGAAUGGUUUAUAUGUAAUUAUAAUCGGUCUUUUCACACGUUGCAAA